CAGGAACCAGCAAAGGCAGAGAACGUGAGAAAUUCCAGGAACUGCGCAGUGUUCAACCGUCCCGUGUGACUGAAACCAAAUCAGAUUAAGGAUGUUGGGUUGUGGAUGCGUGCUGCUCUCGGGUCUGUUAACAUUGACCUUGUUCCACUGCAGUACUGAAAGUCUUCACAUACCCCAGGAAAGACCAGAGUACGUGGAAACGUCUGCUGUGGAGGACCGGCGUGUCCAGCGAGGUCAAACCGAGCAGAAGACCUCAGGAGCCGUGAACGCAAAACUGCACCUGCUUGACCAGCUGGUCAGACUGGAGAACGAUGUCAUUGAGACCAAAAGAAAACGCAGCUUCCCCGGAUCCAACACGCCACUUGACCGGCUGUCAAUCAGCAUCAUGGAUCCCAAGAGCAACAAGCAGAGGAAAGCCGAGUUGCCACGACGGCGAGUUAGCGUUCCAAUCGACCGGAUCGGAGUGGGCCGUCUUCCCAACAACCGAGGAUAGACUCCGCCCUCUGACCACACCCUGACAAACAGAAGGGGGAUGUCACUGGUAGAAGAUAUGCAUAAAGCACACCAGCCAUCACUAACCAUUGAACAAUCUUCCCUUUACAACCCUUGCCGCCUCUGAAGUUAUCUUCCUCAAUGAUUAACCUUCGAUCUCUGACCACACGCUGUCUAUUUCUUGUCCUUAUUCUCCAUUUCAGCCGCAUAUGUUCUUUGAUAUGAAGUGGCCGGUCUGCAUACAUUGUGAUGUAAUCAGAGCCGUUAGCCAAUCAGAGCAGAAUCUGCUCGUAGCUUUCAAUUGCACGUGUCAUUAUUAUUUACUCUAGUGUCCCGGCUCUCGCUUGCUGUAAUGUUGUUUUCUUACUUUGACUGGAGGUCGAACGAAUUGAGUUCAGCCUUGACAAUAAAAAUAAUGAAACUUUCUUUAAUGUUUCAAUAGUUUUCUUUGGUUGGAAAAGAACUGUAAGAUUGUAAAAAGUUAGUUAAACAUUUGUC